CGAGAGCAUUUCGCUGCUCCCUCCUCCGACCAGCAGGAGAAAGUGCCCGGAUCAGUCCUAAUACGGGCAACUCGGGAAGGGGGCAGGCGCGUCAGCUGGGCGCGUAACGCGAGCUUGUGCGCUCUUGGAGGUGGCCGGCUCAGCGACCCCCGGGAUCCACGUGGAGCACCUAAGGAGGACCUGCCUCAAUCAGCAACAGCAGCAGCAGCAAAAGUUGGGACACCCCGCUCCCCAAACAUGCAGGUGAGCUACUCUGAGCUGUAUCCUCCCUUCGGGAGGCGAAGGGAACGCACGCAGGCGCGCACCUGCCGGGAGACCCCUUUGCGUAAUGGGAUCGCUUUAUCUGGAGAAGGGGAAACGGGGCUGGGGACGCGAGUGGGACAUAGCACGGUCUGGGCAGGUCCAGGAAGGAUCCCUGCCCACUGUAGCUGAAACCCGGAAGAUCAGCUCGCUUUCUGCUUCCCGUGUGUUGGGUUGCAAAGAUGACACGCGGUGGUUCUUCCUGUCGGGGAAGGAAAGGCCUCCGUGUGUCCCUUCCACCCGUCGGCUUUCUUCUUUUCGCGAGCAUGCGCUCCAGGCUGCGUUGCAUUUGCUGGUUGCAGGAGAAGAAACGGAGGCGAUCAAGGGGGGGCGGGUGUUCUUUCAAAUACAGGAGGUGGGGAAGCUGGAAUUGUUUCUGAGUUCCUAAAAAAGUCAUUCUCCGCAAAUGACUUCCUGCACUUAGCACUGAAGAAAUGAGCUGUCAUUUUGUAUGGGAUAGGGAAGAGUAAAGUUGGCAAGCUGCUACUGUGACUGCUAAUUGCGCCUGAGUGAUGUGUAGCAGCUCUGCUUUCCAGUGGUAGGAUAACUGUGACAUCUCUUACACGUUCUUUGUGAAUGGUCACUGUUAAUACAAUGGUCACAGUUAGUACAUUUCAUUUCCCUCUGCCUCACUGUUUACAACACACACCAAUCCAUGUCUAUUUAUACAAGUCAGGAUAUUUCUUCAUGUGCCUGAUGAUGUCGAUUUUAGUCCACAAACUGCUUAUGCCAUAAUAGUGUUUUUUUUAAUGGCAUCAUGCUCUUUGUUCUUUUCCGUUUUUGUUUUGACAGACUAAUCCCGCUACCCUCUGGACACUAGUUUAAUGUAGUCCUGCGUACGUGUAUGAAAUCCAAAACUUUACUUGCUUUUUCCAGUAUGUAUUUGUUUUAUUUAAGCAGCUCAGGCCUUUUUUUCUACUGGAAAGUGGAAUUGAGAUGAAUCAUAAAUGUUUACUCGGAAAAAAGCCCACUGAUUUCAGUGAUACUUCUUCCCACAUAAAUACGCAUUGGAUUGAAGCCUGCAUACUUAUGUAGAAUACGUUUUGUAUAGUGUUUGUUGGAAUCCUAAAAGAAAAAAAGCCACAGUGACCAGCAUGGCUCCAGAUGUUGUGGACUAUAACUCCCUAACCAUUGGCCGUGCUGGCUAGGACUGGUGAGAGUUGCAGUCCAGAACAACUGGAGGGUUACGUUGUACAUUGCCAAAGUUGGGUUUUGAUAGUGAAGGUGCUGGAGUGCUUUGGGCGGGGGGGGGUAAAGAAUGAGGGGCUGGCACUCACAUCUUGAUAAAACAAUUGUGGGUACCAACACAAGAUGGCUGCCAUGGGCAGCAAAAAAAGGAUGUGACAGUACUCUAAACUGGUUGGUAAAGGUACUCCUGACCGUUAGGUCCAGUCCCGGAUGACUCUGAGGUUGCGGCACUCAUCUCGCUCUAUAGGCCGAGGGAGCCGGCGUACAGCUUCCGGGUCAUGUGGCCAGCAUGACUAAGCCGCUUCUGGCGAACCAGAGCAGCGCACGGAAACGCCAUUUACCUUCCCGCUGGAGCGGUACCUAUUUAUCUACUUGCACUUUGACAUGCUUUUGAACUGCUAGGUUGGCAGGAGCAUGGACUGAGCAACAGGAGCUCACCCCGUUGCGGGGAUUCAAACAGCCAACCCGAUUGGCAAGCCCUAGGCUCUGUGGUUUAACCCACAGCGCCACCCACGUCUCAAACUGGUUGGUAGGCCUGGCCAAUAUCUGGUUUUCAACAUCGCGAUAGAUUACCAGCUAAACAUUGUGAUAUACUGAUAUAUCACAAUGUCUGAAAUAAGGAUAAUGUCUGAAAUAAGGAUGGCUGUGUGGAGGCUGGCUUCACAUGUUGGCUUUCCCACAUUGUGAUUUUCUCAUAGCUCAUGUACGCACCCCCCCCCCCAAUUCAAAUUAUAUUGCCAGGUCUAAAACUUUGAAACCAAUAUCACAGUAUGGACUUCCAACCAGUUUGGGGCAAUAUAUUGAUAUAUUGCUCAGCCCUACUGGUGGGUACCAUCACAAAAAACCCCGACUGGUUGUAAGUUUGGGCUCUGACAGUUCUAUGUGCUUUAGGAUCCUAAUGCGGACACAGAGUGGAAUGACAUCUUACGUAAAAAAGGCAUCCUUCCUCCAAAAGAAAAGCUGAAAGAGCAAGAACAAGCUGAAGAGGAAAGGGAGCAGCAGAUAAUCCAGCAAAAAUCUGUUGGUAAGCCCUUCAGUUGAUUUAAUGUGAUUCUUCUGUAAUCUACCUUGCCUUGUCACCAGAAUGUAUCAACCCAUACAGAGCAGACCAAGGCCUCAUUGUGCAUUCAUUGCAUUUUGAGGUAUGGAUAGCCUUCGAUAAAGGAGUUUGGUGCUUCCUCGCCUCCUCUGUGACCUUGAAAAAUAUUGAGAUUAGUCCUUACAGAGCAUCAUAUUGAGUUAUGAGGACACUUAAAGAGACAUAUAGAACUUCCAGGGCUUCUGGGAAAUCAUGAGGCUUGCUUUGGGGGACUCCCAGGUGAAAUCCUUACAACCUGGGUGGGCAUUAGGGUUUUUAUCCCACAGGGAAGGACAACUGAUGAAACAGAGUCUGGAUCCAGAUUUCUUGUUCAGUGAUAGACUAUGAACCUAGCAGAGGUAUAAAACGAAUUGUUCUUGCACUUUUUGUUGCACUUUUGUAUCAUUGUAAAUCAGUUUAAAUUAUUGUAAAUUAUAGCUUUUUAUUUUUCAGCACAGUCAGCAGUAUAUUUUUCUGCAGGACCCCCCAGUGCUCACUGUGGGAUGCAACUUGUGCAAACUGGGAUAGAAUCUUGAAUAGAUACUUAAAAAUAUAGAUGGAUAAAUUUCUCUUGACAACUCUAAUGGGGUGAUCUAAAACUGUGGACCUGCGUUGCAACGCUUCCCCUCACAUCAGGGGCACAGAACCUCAGGCCUAGGGGGCAAAUGUAAACCUUCAUAUCUCUCUGCCCAGCCUUUCAGAAUCUCCUUCAAGCCCUGCCUCCUCAGGCCAUGCUCUCUCUUCCCAGGCCACAACCUUCAUUGGAUCUGAUGCACCCCCUCCUCUAGUGCUUUUGUUAUGAGUCCUUGAACUACCUAGAUGUGUAUAUGGAGGGGGAAUGUAGAAACUGCAUGGCUGGGAUGUAUUCUACUGCUCACCUACUUUUGUUGAUGAUGAUUUUAUUAUUUAUACCCUGCCCAUCUGGCUGGGUUUCCAUAUGCUUCUGAUCCCACUCUUUUUGCCUCUGGCUCCUACACACCAGUGGCAUGCAGCCCUCACAAUGCUGUUCUAUAAGGAAUGCAACCCCCUCAUUCUCAGGAAGGUCUUCCCCCCAACCCACUACCUGCUUUACAUCAUCUUAUGCACCUGCAGGUCUGUUUGUGGGAAUUAGCGUGAUAGCUCCAAAGUGCCUUGGUAAAAAAAAUGUUUCUUUGACCUUGUGGGGUGCUCUUUUGAUCAUUAGAAAAUAUUUUAUUGGACAAGAGUGCAUCCCUUGGUUUGGACUAAUUGCCUUCCAUAUUUCACGUCAUUUAGAAAGUGAACUGAUGAUAGCUGCCUAAAAUAAGAGCUUACUCAGCAGGAGCUGCAGCCUUGUAGCAAAUGAUAACUCCCAGGAUGUAAGUUACGGAAGCAGAGUUGCUGAGAUAGUGUGGUGCCUGGAAUCCUGGAUUUUGUGAGGACCUGGAUUUAAGAUGGAAUUCACUUCUCUUUUGUAACAUCUAGCAGAUUUGUAUCUUGGUUUUAUUGUGCAAAAUGUUUAUCUCGGCAAGCAUGAGGUAGAUACUCCUUGCCGUAUAAUACUUUAAUUGGUUCUUAAUUAUCAAGAUCUCUCAUUUGGAAAUUAUUUGCAUGAGGAAAGAGAUUCUGUUGUUGUUAUUAAAUUUAUAUUGCCCAGAGCAGCAAACACAGUGAUAAAGUAAUUAAACAACUAAAACAUAUAAAAACAUUUCUAAGACUGUUAUCAACCUUGUGUACCCAUUCAGAGCUCCAGAAAUGGUUGGCUUUUAUUCUGUGCCAUACUGAUGACCUUGCUUUUCUUACAAACAGUGAAAACAUAUGAAGACAUGACCCUGGAAGAACUUGAAGAAAAUGAAGAUGAAUUCAGUGAGGAAGAUGAACGGGCUAUGGAAAUGUACAGGUUAGAGCACUCUGUCCAAGACCCACAAACGUGAUUGCCAGUUAAGCACUGGUGUGUACAUUAUUUGUUCCAGUGAGAGCAGGUAGUUAGGGAGAACCCCAAGACUGGAGCAGUAGGAGGACUCUCCCUGAUGCCAUGUUGACUUGAGAAGAAUAGGAGAAAGGCAAGGACUCUCCUUGACACUGCAUUGAACUUCUAAGACACUUGAAAAGCCAUGUGACAUUUUGCUGUUUUCCUAGGGUCCAUGGCUUAGCAGAAUGGGAGGGAGCACCCAUCUCUCUCCCUGCAAUGGCUCGUCCUCCUCCCCAGUUGGAGAAGAUGGGCAAAAACAGGUUGAGCUGGCCAGGAAGGCCAGCUAGGAUUUCUUGACCCCUGCAAUAGAUAAGAGAAUUAAUGAAAUCUUCAAGACCCACCCCCUGAUUUUCCUCCAGUUUUAGCCAAAUCAGGCUGCCUCCUGGUAGCCCUCUAAAAAACAGUAGCUGAAAGGGCUAUCACAAAAAAUAAGAGGACGCAAAUUCUUCCUGGAGGAUCAAAGGUUAAAAGUUUAGACAGCAUAUUCGCAGUGGCAGUAGGAUUUGUUUAAUAACUUCUCAUCUCUCUGUAUUUAGGGUUAUCUUAGAACUCAGGUUAUUAGUGUUUACUGUGUUAAAUGCAGCUUCUAAAAUGAAUUGUUUAAAACAUCUGACCUUGCAAAUUACAGUUCACUUCUAAAGAUUGUUACGUAAACCUCUAGCAAAACGAAUAUUGUGCUUAGAAAUGAUAAGUGCCCAGUUUUUAGCAACUGCUCGGUACUGUAGGUUUGUCAAUACUGUUGUGGUUUAUCUUCUCUCACCUGCUUUUUCAAUCUGUGAAUCAAUAGAACAGUGUGAUAUUGACAUUCACCUAUGAUCCCACUAAUUCCACUAAUCCUUCCUGUAUUCAUCAGGAGCUUGGAAACUGGAUUUCAUAAUUUGCAACUGAGAUGUGAUCCUUUAUAGAAAAAAAAAAAAGGAUUGGCACUGCAGUCCUAUGCUUCAUUGGAUGCAAGUAUCAUUCAGUGGGAUUUGCUUACAAGUCAGUGUUAUUAAGACAGCAGCCGGGCAGGUGAAUUCCUAAAUCUUUUGGCUGCACCAGCAUAGAUUCGAGCCUGGGCUCUGCAACUAAGGUUGCAAUGCUAUGUAUACUUAACUUUGGAGUCUGUUCCAUUGAACAAGAGGUAUUAACACUACUCAAGGACACAUGUCAACCAGAAUAGAAAAAAACACAACAAAACCUCAAACAUUAAAAUCUUCCCCAAACAGGGCUGUCUUUAGAAGUUUAUGGAAGGCCAUAUAAUUGUUUAACUCUUUGACAUCUGAUGGGAGGGCUUUCCACAGGGCAGGUGCCACUACUGAGAAGGCCCCCUGCCUGUAACCUCACUUCUCUCAAUGAGGGAACUGCCAGAAGGCCCUUGGAGCGUGACCUCAGUGUCUGAGCUGAAUAAUGGGGAUGGAGAUGCUCCUUCAGGUAUAUAGGGCCAAAGCCAUUUAGGGCUUUAAAGGUCAGCACCAACACUUUGAAUUGUGCUUGGAAACAUACUGGGAGCCAGUGUAGGUCUUUUAGGACUGGGGAGAGUCUUGAGGGCCAGAUACAGGUGCCUGGAGGGCUACAUGUAUCCCAAGAGUAUGAAGUUCCCCGCUCCUAGAGUAGACAGUGCUGAGUUAAUAUGGUACAGCGCCACUUCCUGUGCUCUUACAUUUACAGCAAUGGCUUUCCAAACAGCUGUGGUCUCUGGGGAUCAGAAUUGGUGACAGCGUGGAUGUAGUUACAGUAUAAUCCUAAAUUAGUGUAUAAAGAGAGACAGCUGCAUGGGAGCUGGGAGAUUUGUUGCACCUCCAGCACACAACUGCCGGUUGGGUUUUCUACCUCAGCCCCUUUGAAGGUUCAUUUUUCAUCAAUUACAACUGUCCUUGUUACUUACAUUUUGGCUCAUUUCAAAACCAGCCAUCAAGCCCUUUUUUGUCUCAACUUCUCGCCUCCUUCCAUUUUGAUGGAGUGGGGGUGGGGGUGGGGAACCUCACACAGCAUAGUGGUUGUGGUGAGACAUGAGUUGUGAACCUAGGACCUGAUCCUGGUUCUGUCUUCCCUAAUGCAGGAGCUGUGCAGGAAGCCUUCAGCAUUCCUUUAUCUUGUGUGGGAUAGGGGAGGAUAAAAGUAAACCAUGGUUUACUGAGAUAACAAAUGUGAAGUGCCUUAAACACUCAAUGUUAUAUCUCUGGUCUCAAAUCCAUCUGUAUGUUUCCUUUUCUAAUUCUUUUCCCAUGGUGUAGGCAGCAAAGGCUAGCUGAAUUGAAAGCCUUGCAAGCAAAGAAUAAAUUUGGACACGUUUUAGAGAUCUCGGGACAGGAUUACAUCCAAGAAAUUACUAAAGCUGGCAAGGAUAUAUGGGUGAUACUACACCUGUACAAGCAAGGGUAAGCAAGCAUUUCAAGAUGACUGCUGUUUGCACACAGUUUUUUCUGUAGCAGGUUUGGUCUUGUGAAACUGUCCCCAAACUGGUGAUCUUGCAUUUUGUGUUUUAGCCAACUAAACAUGCUUCGGCAGACGAGCCUUCCUUGCUCUUUCAGAACCCUGAUGUUGGUAUCUGUUGUGCAAAUGAAAGGAAUUUUUAAAACACAAAGUUCAGUGACAUUAUCAGGAAUUGAUUUGCUUCAUUGUUCUAGCCAUUUAAUCAGGAAGGAGGGUAGUUGUGUACAGGCAAUAACAAUUUUGCAAGUGUUCAAAGCACAUGCCCAUCGCUGCAAACCAAGAAGUGGCAGGAAAAGGGAGCAUUGCAGGGCAGGGCCGUAACGGACUUAUAUAUUUUCCGCUGUCAUGUGCGAUGACCCGGAAUGCAACCACCAAGCAAAUUGGGGGUGCCUGUAUUGGAAUGGGAAAACAUUUUAAAGGUUGUGGGAAAUCUCUCUUCUUUGCAAUGGUAGGCAUAGAUCUGAGAACCAGUGUGGUGUAGUGAUUGGAGAACCAAGGAGACCUGAAUUGAAAUCCCCACUCAGCCAAGAAGAUCACUAGGUGACCUUGGGCCAGUAGCUCUCUCUCUUAACAUAACCUACCACUCUGGGUUGUGGUGAGGAUAAACUCGGAGAGUGGAAAGCAUGUGUACAAACUUGACUUCCUUGGAGAAACGAUGACAUAAAAAUACAAUAAUAAUGUAUGUGUCACAGCAGCCUCCGUUUUAAAAGAUGCAUUCUCCCCUUUGUGUGAGAGAACACAUUUGAAAGGCUAAAUAUGUUCCUAUCAGGUUACCUAUUCUAGAAAUGGACAUUUUGUUUUGUUUUUUGUAGAGCAUAUAUUUUGCGGAGACACGUGGAAAACAUGGCAUUUUAUUAUUUUAUUAUCUUGUAAUUUCAUUCUCCCUAUUCUUAUGGCUGUUUUUAUUAAUAAGAAAACAAAGAAAAGGGAAAAAAUGGCUCUUUAAUAGAUUUCUUCCCCUUUUCCUUUUUAAAAAAUAAAGCAUUCCUCUUUGUGCCUUGAUAAAUCAACACUUAAACGGACUUGCAAGGAAGUUCCCUGAUGUCAAGUUUGUCAAAGCCAUUUCGACAACCUGCAUACCCAACUAUCCAGAUAGAAACCUCCCCACAAUCUUUGUCUACCUUGAAGGGGACAUCAAGGCCCAAUUUAUUGGACCCCUGGUGUUUGGAGGCAUGAACCUGACAAGUGAUGGUAAGUAGCUGCCACUUAGACCUUGACAAAUGGCCCAAAUGGACACAACCCAUGUAACUGUCUCCCUGUGCCCUGUUUGCAUUGAUUGGUGGCUGAUCCCUUUUAUGUGUUUAAAACAUUAAUAGGUUGCUUUUUGGUACUAAACUGAUACUCAAAGCACUUUGCAAAGUACGUAGAAACUCUUAAGAAUGCAAAGGCAGCAAAGACGACUCAUAAGAUAAAGAGUCAUCCUAUGUACCCAGCUAUAAUUGUAACCUGCCCAGGGGCCUUAUGGUACGAGUGGGUAAGAAAUCCUAUAAAGAAAUACAAUAAAAACAUACCUGAUUGAAACACCGCUGAACAUUGUCCACUUAAUUUGGUUCUAUCUCCACCUCACAUCCAAGCUCUGCAAGCCACAGUCUCUGUGGAUUUUUGUCCCUGACUCUGUGGAACAAGUCAACUUGCGUAACAGAAUCACAUUAAUUUCCUCCCCACCCCCCUUCCUUUUUGUUCUUUCUGCCUAACAUAAUUGAGGCUGGCUGGUUAGAUUGCCAUCACAGUUAACAGUGAGACAUCUGAUUAACUUGAAGUAUUGACUUUCUUCCAACUUCUGGGGUGUAAGCCAAUUUGCGCCCAUGUAAUAAAGACCUGCUGCUAGGUGGGAAGUGUUUCUGGGUUGGGGCAGUAAAGAAAGAAGCAGGAAGUAAUGGGGAGCAGUGUGUACACAUUCUUGCUUUUUGUUUCUCAAAUCUCCCUUUAAAACAGCAGAUGAAACAUUAACAGCUGCUUCUGCCUCUCCUGACAACAGUUAUAAAGAUGACCUUGCUUUUGUCUGUCUGAGAACAUGCUGGAGUUUUGAGGCAAUUAACCGUAUUUCCAUUUUCUUCAAAGAGCUCGUGUGGAACUUAGCAUUGUAGUAAAAGCAAAUUUGAAAACAGCAGAUGGGAAGCGCACGUCCCGAAGAGCAGGAACACAGAGAUGCUUUUCUUUGUUCCAGCUUGUAAGUCACUGCUGUGUGCCGUUCUUCUCUCUUGCGUUUUAGAAUUGGAGUGGAAGAUUUCUGAGUCGGGCGCCAUCAAGACAGACCUGGAGGAGAACCCCAGGAAGCAGAUCCAGGACCAGCUGAUGACUUCCAUCAGGUGCUCUGUCCCAGCAAGGAGGGAGGAAAGUGACCCAGAAGAUGACUAAGGCCUCGUGUGAAGCUCAGUUCUAUGCCUGAUUACUCUGAAGUUAGUCUGACUGCAUUCAGUGGGACUUGACUUCCAUGUACAGAUUGCAUGUGAUUGCAGCACCAUAAAUACCACUGAUGGGUUUUUGCUUUUGCUUUUAAAUUUUACUAAAGAAGUCGUGGUUAUGUCGAGGCUUGCAGAGCAGUAAAUUGGAGGAAAUUGGAAAGGCUUCCUGAUGAAUCAGGCGCUUGUUGUGGACAUUCCCCUACAGUGGACAUAACUACCAACAGCACAUUCACCCUCUGGGUGUUUUGCUUGUUCUCUUUCCUCUGUUGGGUAACAACUCUCUCCUCUGUACCAGAGUCAUUUUAAGCACAGAGAGUGCUUGGUCAUUUCUAUGCUUUUGACAAAGGCCAACAACUCCAUUAUGGUUGGGAAAAGGCUAUAAUGCAAUUCUUGAUUCUCAAAUAAAAAUACAUGAUAAAUUUUUAAAGGGUUGUGUGGAACAUUGUGUAUAUUUUAUUGGGCAGAUCCAACUGUAGAAGGCAAAUAUUGCUGCCAAGGUCUCAGAAUUAAAGUGAGAAUACAGUAUUUAUAUAUUUAUUUAAAAUCUUGAAAACUCUGAAUUUUUUUUGACUGUCUCAUGGAGAUGCGGUGUGUUUUAUUCUGUCCUUGAAAUGUAACACAAGGAUAUUUUUAAACAGUUAAAUUUGUCCCGCGCCCCAUGUUCUCGAUUUUGAUAAAACUAGUGCAAUUGCAUAUAUGUUUUCUCAGAGGCAAGUCCCCCCUCCAUGCUCAGUAGAACUUACUCCCAAGUAAACAUGUACAGUAUAUACUGCAGCUUUAGUGGCUGAGCAUCUUUCUCCCGCCCCCUUGCCCCCCCCAUGAAGAAGUGCUAUUUAGUCUUAUAUUGAAAGUAGGUAAAUUAUGACCGCUAUAAAUAUUUUUUGUUGCCCAUAAAAGUUGUAAAAAAAAAAUGCAUUAGAAUGCAGUCAGUCUUCAGGCUUCUGGAUAUUUUAUUGAGUAAAUAUAAUUGUGAAUCCAAAGAGGCAGAAAGACCAUUUGGACUGUGCCAUUUUAGACUGGAAGUGAGGAAUCAGCAUAGAAUCAUACCGUUUUAGAGAUUGCAGAGGACUCUGGAGAUCAUCUCAUCCAACUUGAUUCAUAUUGCAAAAUUGCUUCACAUAUAAAACAAGAAACUGCUCAUAGAAAGAUAGAACACCCUCUUUCCUGACAUGCUAGCUUUCCAUGUGCAGGAAAGGUUUUCUCAUGUGAGGGAGUAUUCACCUAUAGCCUGACAUACUAUAAUACUAUACUAUACUACUACUCUGCUCUAAUAAAUAGCUCUGCAAAAAGUUAUGUCAAAUUAUUUGAGCCUUCCUCAACUCUUUAAGAGUGACUUUUCACAUAACAUUUUGAAACUGGAUAUAUACACACUGCCAUAGGUACAUAUUGAAAUAGUUUUUAUAUGCAAAUACGUAUACAGUGGUACCUCGGGUUACAUACUUGCACUUUGACGUGCUUUCGAACUGCUAGGUUGGCAAGAGUAGGGACCGAGCAACGGGAGCUCACCCCGUCACGGGGAUUCAAACCGCCGACCUUCUGAUCGGCAAGUCCUAGGCUCUGUGGUUUAACCCACAGUGCCACCCGCAUCCCUACAGAGAAAUAUUUGAGGUGAAUUUGGAAGAAUCAAAAUCGCGUCAGGAUUGCUCUCCUGUACUGUUUCAGACACUAUACGGUGGUACCUCGGGUUACAUACGCUUCAGGUUACAUACGCUUCAGGUUACACACUCCGCUAACCCAAAAAUAGUGCUUCAGGUUAAGAAAUUUGCUUCAGGAUGAGAACAGAAAUUAUGCUCUGGCGGCAUGGCAGCAGCAAGAGGCUCCAUUAGCUAAAGUGGUGCUUCAGGUUAAGAACAGUUUCAGGUUAAGUACAGACCUCCGGAACAAAUUAAGUACUUUACCCGAGGUACCACUGUAGAAGGAUUGAGCCCUCAUGUCAUAGAACCAUUUGGUUGGAGGAAGUCUUGUAGACCAUCUUGCCCAACUCCCUGCAGGAAACUUUGAGCAUCCUUUAUCAGAUGGUUCUAUGCUUGAAAAGGCCCAGGAAGGGCAAACUCGCCCCCAGGGGCCCCAGGUAGUCGGUUCCAUUGUUCAACUGUUCUCCCUAUCAAGAAAUUCUUAUGCUCAACCAGAUUUUUUCUUCCUGUAAUUUAAGCCCAUUGGAUCCUGACCUCUGACCGUUGGAGGGGGUGUUGGGGGCUCAUUACAGUGACCAUUUAAAUUCAUAUGCACUUUUCAACAAGUGGUGGCAUUUAAAAAAAAACACUUUGGUGCCAUUUCUACUGUAUUCUAUGUGAUUGUGUAUGAUCUUAAAUUUGGGCCUUUGCAUAAUUAUUUUGCAUGUGCAAGUAUUUAACAGACGAGAAGGCAUUUUAUAAAUUGAUUUCCUGUCUCAGAUGAACUUAAUAUUUCUUAACAGUACUGUAUUAAACACUGCCAAUAACAAUGUUCUCCGGGUGGCUUAUAAUAAAAACAAAAUAUAUCAUCAUCAACCAUAAGGAUGUGAUGAUGACUGUGGAGAACAAAGAUGAAACAUUUGGUUUAAGAAGCUUAGGAGAAGUUGCAUUCUGAAAGGAGCCUAUGUGAGAAGCCAUAGAAAUGGGCAGUUAGAGAAGACUGCAAUAUAUCUCUUCUCCCUGCUUCUUCACUCCUACACCUGUGCAAGAACAAUUUCCUGUCUUGUGCGCCAUUUCUCUCAAGCUAAUCAAAGGCUUUUAGUAAAAAUAAGAUAUCUGCAGGACACGGCUAAUGAGAGAUCAUUUUAACGUCACGGCACAGUGGAAGCUUUAGAAGGGCACAGAGGAAAAACUUGCUUGUUGGGUUUGUGUGUGUGUUUUACUGAGUCCUUGCAAAUCAAUAUGGUUUACAUUUGUUACCAGGGGAAAUGUCUUAUAGCAAAAGUGGGGAACCUUUUGCAUUCCCUCCUGGGAAACCUCUUAGGGGCCACAUGGUAGUGGCAGACUGGGCUAGAACUGAGCAGAGCAACUAAUGUAAAUUUUAGCUUUGUGCUGUAGAGUAGUUUCUAUACAGAACACCAAUCCAGACAAGCAGGAGGUAUCAUCAGAGUUUGAGGACACAUUCCAGCCAGGCAAAAAGACUCAAGGGGGUGGGUGCAAGGUACAGCCUGUAAUAGCUGUGUCCUGGGGAGGGUCUGGAGGGCCAGUAGAGAAGGCUAGAGGGCCACAUUUUGCCCCCAGGCUUGAGGCUCCCCAUCACUGUCCUGUAAUGUGAAUCUACCACAAGCUUACCUUUACAGUGAUGCAGUGCAAUUUGGGUGCCGGUGAGAGCCGUAUUUUAUGGGACGU